AUGCCCGAUGGCAGUCUGAAGUACAACCAGCCGGAACUAGCUAAGGUAGCUAAGGUGGCCGAGCAGGUAGAAACGCUACAACAGCAAUGGCAGCAGCGAGCAGCCAGCUGGCAGUUCGAGCCCGACGAAGCAGGCUCCGACGAACUGUUGAACGAUGAACGAGAGUACCGAGAUAUGAUUUCGAAGAAUCGAACAUAUGUACCUCCACGCAUGAGAUCGAGUCUCAUACAGGAACUGCAUGAGUCCCAGGAAUACGGACACGCAGGGAUCGAAGAAAUGGUUAGACGACUAGCUAAGGUGUUUGCGAUACCACGCUUGCGAGCGAAGCUCCCGAAAUCGUUGGAACCAGGAUCAGCUCGAUUUUGCGACACAAUACUAGUAAUCCACGAAAUCUGCAAUAACGAAGCACUCGCCGCACUACGCGAACUACGGAUAUGA